AUGUUUGNAUCUCCACCUACUACACGGAGAUCAGGUCGUGGGAAAGAGCGUGUUGAAGAGACUAUAAAUUCUGCAGCACCUGAGGAUUUGGCAGAACGGAACAAGUGGCUAAUAGCUCAGGUGAAGAUACUGACGGAGAAACAUAGUAAGCUUGCUGAUCGAACGAGACGAUUGGAGCGGAAGUGGCAACUGCAGGCGUCGCGUUCACUGAGGAUGCCCUCAACGCAACGCCGUGUUCCUCGGACGAAACAAAAUAAUUCUAAGAGUAAAGGCAAAGAGGUCUCUGGUUCUGAAGAUGGAGCAGAUGACAGUAUUAUAAGCCUUAAAGAAGGAGAAGAGAUGCCAGAUGAUUGGAUGGAUAGAAACGUCAAUUAUGAGGCAUUUAUGAAGUCUCCUUCUUCUGGAAAUAUUCAGUUUGCCGGAUCUCAGGAAUUGAUGGAGCUGUCAGAUUUUUCACCAUCUCUCAACCAAGCUGCCGCAUCCCGAGCGCGACCAUCUAAGGGCGGUGUAGUACUAGAUUUUGAAGAAGUUGUUCCCGGGGCUGUGACAGGAGGGCAGAGUAAUGCCGGUGAGGAGAGAGGCGGUGUAGAGGUGGAAAGAAGCGUAGACGAAGGGAUUAUAGACGGCGAGGAAGGCAUUAUUGGACAUGGCCCCGAACCGCGUGAUUCCAGGACCGUGGACGGAACUUCCCGAGAUGAAGACAUGGUUGGAGAGAAAGCUAAUGAUACGGAUGAGAAGAUGUGCACGGCAGAUGUACAAGAUGGUGUGGACGACGAAUCUAUGGAUACCGUCCCGUCCACGAAGGAUGACGUGGCCGGGUUGCGUGUUUGUACGGGGUUGUCAGUACUGGUUGAUGGCGGUGUUGCAAAGGUUGUUGCGGGUGAGUUCGUACAGUCUGAAGGUGAAACCGUGGAUGUGAACUAG